GCAACUUUAGAAAUGAAUGCUCAAGUCUGUCACUUAGAAGAUAGGAUGGUAUCGACCCGGACAAGGGGGCAAGAUCCGCUGGCUUAGGGCCCCUUUAGAGAUAGGGGCGAGCCAAAGAGAAGUUGUAGCAACGAGCUACUAAGGAGUGACUGUGUUGAAGCUUCAAACGUAGAGCUCGCGACGACUUCGAGCGAACUCCACGAGUGUGCCGAAAAAGACUAAAAAGAAUCUGUGAUAAGUAAGCGCCUGUGUUCAGUAAAUCGCAAUUCUUUUUGUGUUGUCGGGCAGCGCGCGUUAAGAUUCGCCGCUGUCCGGGCGAGGUAUAAUAGAAAUACAAAAGGUGAGAGUUCCCCGCCAUCACCUCGCCUAGAUUUGGGGGCUUCAUACCCUAAGCAGAGGCAAGUUCCAGCCGAGGUAGGAGAUCAUCACAUUUAUACGAACAAAGCAGCACAGGUAGCAGUGGUUGCCUGUACGUUUAUAGGGGACUCUACUUUCCCCUUUUUCACUAUCUCGCCCAGCAUAUCUGCCGGGAGCAAGAGCAUAUCCAAGUCCCCUAUUCAGUUGAAUCAGAUCUAGUAGCGCUCACUACUGAGGCGAAAGAAAGGAGCAAGAUACGGCCAAAAAGCCGGAAAUUCUCGCGCAGGAACAAGCGUAGGCCUGUAGCGCGCCCUUUAACCAGGAAUCAUUUUAUUGGCGAAGCGAGGAAGCACAGUUGCGCGCCUCUCCAUAGCCCCUCUAGAGUAUAGAGGUAUUUGUACCAAGCUGGAAGCUUGCUGUGUAAUUUCAUAAAGAAAGGUGUGUGAACCUCAGCGAGUCCGGGUUUCAUUUCAAACUAGCCUCCUGGACUGAACCUACCUUCUUAAUAGGUUAUAGCUAUCAAUAAAGUAGGAAUGGCAGAGAAGGAGAUGCACUUUCUUGAGUUACAGACAAGGAACUCCAUUCUGUUGACUCUACCAGAUAGAAUAGAACCCGUCUUUUUUCAUAGUCUAGUCAAAAGAAGAGUUUGAUCCUGGCUCAGAAGGAACGCUAGCUAUAUGCUUAACACAUGCAAGUCGAACGUUGUUUUCGGGGAGCUGGGCAGAAGGAAAAGAGGCUCCUAGGGUUUACGAGAAUCAUAUAUAAGAUCUCGUCUAAAGGCAGGGGUGAGCUUUCUCACUAUACAAUGUAAAAAAAGACCAACGACGAUGAAGGAGGAGUAGGAGCUAGCUUUCAUUGAAGUAGGGGCGGAAUCGAAGCGAAUAAAUUCUGAGUUCAUGCCACGACGAUCUAUAUGGAAGGGAAGUUUUGUUGAUGCAUUCCUGUUGAGAAUGAAGAAGAAGAGAGAUCUUCUUUUGAACAGGAAAAUUGGGUCACAUCUUCUUCUAUUUUGCCGGAAUUCUUUGAUUGCUCCGUACGAAUUGACAAUGGAAUCCUGUUCGUUGUAAGAUCACUGAAGGAGGUCAUCAAUUUGGAGAGUUUUCUUCUACACGGAAACGAAGAUCUUCGAGAACUAAUAUUGGACCGGGAAUCAAAAAGGGAAAAAAGUAAAGUCUAAGCGCAUAUGGCACGAAAAGGAAAUCCGAUUUCGGUAAGACUUGAUCUGAAUCGUAGUUCAGAUUCAAGUCGGUUCAGUGAUUAUUGUUAUGGUAAAUCAGUGUAUCAAGAUGUCAAUCUUAGAUCUUAUUUCGGUUCGAUACGUCCACCUACUAGACUCACCUUUGGCUUUCGUCUCGGUAGGUGUAUUAUUCUACAUUUUCCCAAAAGAACAUUCAUUCAUUUCUUUCUUCCCCGUCAACCACGACGACAGAAACGACGCGAAAAAUCCAGACCCGGAAAGGGGAAGGGCCAGUGGUGGGCAUUUGGUAAAGUCGGGCCGAUCGGGUGUCUUCAUUCAAGCGACGGUACAGAAGAAGAACGAAACGAAGUGAGAGGCCGGGGGGCAGGGAAAAGAGUCGAGUCGAUCAGGCUCGACGACCGGGAGAAGCAAAACGAAAUCAGGAUUUGGCCGAAAAAGAAGCAACGCUAUGGAUACAAUGACCGAUCACCAUCGAUAAAGAAGAAUCUUUCUAAAUCACUUCGGGUCAGCGGGGCCUUCAAGCAUUCGAAAUACGCCGGGCUUGUAAAUGACAUAGCCCUCCUAAAUGACGACUCCUUCAGAAAAAAGAAGUUAUUCAAGUUCUUUUUCUCAAAGAAGUCAAAGAAGUCCCCCUCCGACAGCCCGACGAGUCAUCCACUUAAAAGGACCCUCCCUGCGAUGCGCCCUUCCUUGAAUUAUUCGGUCAUGCAAUACUUAUUGAAGACAAAGAACCAAAUGCAUUUCGACCCCGUCGUAGUUCUCAAUCAUUUCGUGGAACCGGGCAUGGUUGAACCAUCUACCAUGGGGGGAGCUCAUGCACAGGGAAGAAGCUUAGAUAAGAGAAUAUGUUUCGCUUUUUUUGUCGAAAGCUCGACCAGCGAGAAAAAGUUUUUGGCCGAAGACAAAAAGUUGACCCACUUCAUUCGCUGGUCGAAUCAUCCUCGCUUCGCGGGAACAACAAAAACCACCAUCUCACUCUUUCCUUUCUUCGGUGCUACCUUUUUCUUUCCAAGGGACGGGGUUGGGGUGUAUAAGAAAUUUUUUGAGUAUGCCCGGGAACAACUCCUACGAAAAUUCAGGAAAAAAUGUUGGAACCUCAUGGCUAAGGAUAAGGUAAUGGAAUUGAUAGAGAAAUUCAUAGACCUAGGUGGGAUAGGAGAAUUGAUAAAUGGAAUAGAGAUGAUGAUAGAGAUCAUACUGAGAAACAGAAGAAUUCCGUACGGGUACAACUUUUAUUUGAACGAAGUGAAAAAAAUGCGAUACUUCCUUGGUGGUACACAUUCAACAUCUUCGAAGCUUUCUCUCGUUCAGAGUUAG